AUGUUUUCCCUCCAAGGUAAUGGUGGCACUCAGAAGCUUCUACUGGACCUCGUUACGAGUCAUACAUCAACAAAGACUCAAAGGGAUGAUGAGGAUGAACAGGACCUUGAAAUUGACGAUAUAAUUCCCGAUAAAAGGAAAGGGCUAGUAAUCCUCCUCUACGGUCCCCCUGGAGUUGGAAAGACGUCAACGGCUGAAACCGUCGCCAUGGUCACUGGCAAAGCAUUGUUUUCAGUAAGCGUAUUUGAUGUAGGCACUCAAGCAAAGCAUGUUGAGUCCAACCUCGGAAGGAUCUUUGCUCUGGCGACCAAGUGGCAGGCAAUUCUUCUCCUCGACGAGGCAGAUGUAUUCCUGGAGAGCCCUAUUCUGCGUGUCCUCGAAUAUUACCAAGGAAUCAUGCUCUUGACCACAAACCAAAUCGCCGACUUUGACGUCGCGGUCCCUUCGCGUAUCCAUCUCAAAAUUAGAUACGAAAGUUUGCAAACAUCACAGAUGGAAGCUAUCUUCGAUAGCUUUCUCAAGGAUCUGGAUGAAAGAAACCUCAUCGAGGGCUAUGCCGACAUCAAGGAUUGGCUCGACGAUAGUUUGUAUAAGGAAAAGCUUGAUGGUCGCCAGAUUCGCAACAUGGUUACUACGGCUCUAGGUCUCGCACGUGCAGAGUCUCGUUCUGGUGGAGGGCAAAAGCUGAACAAGAGGUAUCUGAAAAGAGCUUUUGGGAACAUCAGUGAUUUCAAGAGGGGACUUCAAUACGCAGAUGCAGCGGUACAUCGAUGGGCAGGAGAAGAAGAUCAAGUAAUACCGAUGGCUGCUAGGUAUCAUUUGUCAUUCGAGUCCUUUCAGCAGCAACUCACGUGA